UUGCCUUUUCUUUUUAAUUUUCAGUUCUUUAUCGAAAAUUUAACAUUUCUUUCUUUCUUUCUUUCCAUUCUUCUUCUGUUGGAAUCGUUAAACUCAAAGAUCAGAUCGUCAACCCUAGGCCGGAGCUCCGGUUGCUCCCUUCUUUGCAGUCGGUUCAAUCAUUGCCGUCCAAGAGUCGACGUUUCAUCGACUUAGUAUUUUAUAUGGUUUCGCUGCAGGUUGGAACAAAUGUCGUCUUCAAGCUCGCCGUGUGCAGCGUGUAAGUUUCUUCGUCGAAAAUGCACGCAAGAAUGUGCUUUUGCUCCUUAUUUCCCACCAGACCAGCCACAAAAAUUCGCAAACGUGCACAAAGUCUUUGGCGCUAGCAAUGUUGCAAAACUUAUUAAUGAACUGAGUGCCAACAUGCGAGAAGAUGCCGUCAACUCGUUGGCUUACGAGGCCGAGGCUCGCCUUCGUGACCCAGUUUAUGGGUGUGUGGGUCUCAUCUCGAUCCUUCAACACAGGCUCAAACAAAUACAGAGUGAUCUUUAUAACGCCAAGAAAGAGCUGUCUACAUAUAUUGGCCCUCAAGCUAUGUUGCCGAUGUUACAGCCCCGAGGCUAUAUACCACAACAGCAUUUGGGUAAUCCCUCCUCUUCUGCAGUGAUACCACAGCAUGGCAUGUUGCCUCCGAUGAUGGGCAUACCUACGGGAUCACCUCAUACCGGGCAGUUGGUGAUUCGUGAUACACAGCAGCAACAUCAGCAACAUCAGCAGCAGAUGUUUGAGGCUCAGCAAAUGGCGGCGGUGCUGGCUACGAGAGAGCAAGAGAUGUUGAGGUGCUAUGAGCAACAGCAGCAACAAGAUCUUGUUAGAUUUAAUAGUGGAUUCGAAGGUGCAUCAGGGUCGGUUACCGCCACCGCCACUGGGCUUAACCAUAUGAGUGGUACUGCUAUGUCACCGUCUUUGGCUCUGGGGGCUUUUGAUAACCCAUAUCAGAUUCAACCGCAGCAACCAGAGCAUCAUAACCAUCCACACCCUUAUCAAUCACAGCUUCUGCUUCAAUCACAACAGGCACAGUCACAGCCGCAACAACAAGCACAACAAGCUCAACAACAGCAAAAAUCUGGAAGUGAGGAGGGUAGGAGUAUUGGUCCUGGUUGAAGUUUUGAAGCUCUUAGUCAUUUAAGCAACACUUUUCCACACUAGCUAUUUUCUGCUGUAUACGAACUGAACAGAGACAUCUACAAAUGGACAUAUGGAAAGAUUCACAUCUGAGAUCUGAAGUCAGCAUUAUUUUUUGAGUUUGGAGACGACUUUUUUGGGGAGAUAACGAUUAAAAAUGUAGGAUAUCUGCAUUGAUCAUCGAGUACAGCCUUUUCCUUUUGCCUUUUAGGAGCUGGUUCAUCCUUUAAACAUGUAAAUCAGAAUUUGGGAAGUCUUGUUUCUUUCUGCAACCUGCUCUCACCCUUGGUCUGCCUCUUUUUUGUUAUCAUUUCCACUGGUAUAAAAACAAAUACUCAAAGGAAAGAUUUUAUGU